AUGCCGACGCCUACGCCGUGCGCAACGCCCCGGCUGGCGCAACAGCUCCGGCGCCGGGGGCGGGGGGGGGGGGUGGUCGGACAGGGCGAGGGGAAGAGCGCGCGCGAGAGCCGAAGACAGCGCGAGACCCGAGGAGGCCGGAAGCGCGCGUGCGCGCCCCCGCCCCUCGCGGCCUUGCCGCCGAAGAAGCAGCAGCGGCAGCAGCAGGAGGCGGCGGCGAGGCGUCGGAAGGAUUACGCACCUGACGGGCCCGCCUCUCAGGGCUCCAGCGCGGGACGCUCACCGGCCGCCGCCGCUCGGGACGCGCUUCGCGGUGGCGGCGAGAAGGGAGGGACCGGCAACGGGGAACGGAACGCGAAUCGCCCCCCUCCCCUUCCUCCCUCCCUCCCUCCGAUCCGCCGCCCGCCCUCUCGGCUUCCGUCCCCUCCCCCUCCCGCAAAGCCCCGGAUGGAGCCGCCGCCGACUCGCCGCCGCCUGGCUCCGGGGGAUGGUUUUGUCAGGCGGCCAGAGCCCCGGCGCCAGGCGCAGCCGCCACCGCCCCCGCGGGGCGCCCCUGCCCUCGCUUCCCAGAACUGGGUCCCCGUGUGGUCCGGGCCCUCCGCCUGCCUUCACCCGGAGCCCCGGGACGGGGGUCAUUCGUCUUCUUUGUUGCCACCGUUGGUGCCGGAACCGUUUGCGAGCUCCGGUGGCCCCCGCCCCCCCUCCGCCUUCCCGGAGCCCGGGUCGGGGGCGGCACGUGGGCACCGGCCCCGGGAGGUGGAGGCGUUGCGCGCUUACCUGUCGCCGGUGCUGCUGCGGCGGGGGGUUUAUGGUCUGAUGGACUGCUUACAUGGAGAGUGA